GCAGCAACAGGGAAAAGAUGGCAGCCCUCGCGACCCUCACUCAGCUGUCAAGCGGAAACCCUGUAUAUGAGAACUUUUACAGACAGGUCGACCCAGGAAACACCGGCAGGGUUGGACCUACAGAGGCUGCCUUGUUCUUGAAGAAAUCUGGCCUGCCUGACAUCACAUUAGGAAAGAUCUGGGAUUUAGCUGAUCCAGACGGCAAAGGUUUCUUGGACAAACAGGGAUUUUACGUUGCUCUGCGUCUUGUGGCCUGUGCACAGAGCGGCCACGACAUCAGCAUUUCCAGUUUAAACCUCCCUGUUCCUCCCCCAAAAUUCAAGGAUCACAGUAGCCCAUCACUGAGUUCAGUAACAUCUACCAAUGAGAGUCACUGGGCCGUGCGGCCUGAAGAGAAGAGCAAAUUUGAUGGUAUUUUUGAAAGUCUUGCCCCGGUGAACGGAUUGCUGUCUGGUGAGAAGGUCAAACCAGUACUAAUUAACUCCAAACUACCUGUAGAUGUUCUCGGAAAGGUGUGGGAUUUGAGUGACAUAGACAAAGAUGGACACUUGGACAGAGAUGAGUUUGCAGUGGCAAUGCAUCUGGUGUACCGGGCACUGGAGAAGGAGCCUGUGCCGUCUAUCCUGCCCUCCUCUCUAAUCCCUCCAUCCAAAAGAAAGAAGUCUUCAGGGUCUCUGUCCAGCAUGGUGCCAGUGUUACCGGGAAGCCCACCGCCACCUAAAGACAGCCUGCGCUCGACUCCCUCUCACGGCAGCAUGAACUCGCUCAACAGUGCCGGCAGUCUGUCCCCAAAACACACGCUCAAGUCCUCACAGCAUUCAGUAAACUGGGUGGUGCCAGUUGCAGACAGGGGGCGCUAUGAUGACAUCUUUCUCAAAACAGACACUGAUCUGGAUGGCUUUGUCAGCGGACUAGAAGUUAAAGACAUCUUCAUGCAGUCUGGACUUCAUCAGAACCUUCUGGCACACAUUUGGGCUUUGGCGGACACCAGGCAGAUGGGCAAACUCACACGCGAGCAGUUCUCUUUAGCCAUGUAUCUAAUUCAGCAGAAAGUGAGCAAAGGCCUGGACCCUCCGCAGGCUUUGACUCCAGACAUGAUCCCACCGUCUGAACGCGGCACACCGGGACCUAGUCUGUCAGGAUACAUGACACCGGUGGGAUCUGACAUGGCCGCACUUACUGAGAUGCGCCGGGACAGCUCCAGCUCCGUGGGUUCGGGAGAAUUCACCGGGAUUAAAGAACUGGAUGAUAUCAGCCAAGAAAUCGCACAGCUGCAGAGAGAGAAGUACACAUUGGAACAAGAUAUUAGAGAAACCGAGGAGGCCAUCAGACACAAAACCACUGAGGUUCAGGAGAUGCAGAAUGAUCUGGACCGAGAGACGUCAAGCCUCCAAGAGCUGGAGGCGCAGAAGCAGGAUGCCCAGGACCGGCUGGAGGAGAUGGACCAGCAGAAGGCCAAGCUGGAGGACAUGCUCAACGACGUGCGACAGAAGUGCCAGGAAGAGUCGCAAAUGAUCUCUUCUCUGCAGACCCAGAUCCACUCGCAGGAGUCUGACCUGCAGAGCCAAGAGGAAGAACUGGGCCGAGCUAAAGCGGACCUAAACCGCCUGCAGCAGGAGGAAGCUCAGCUGGAGCAGAGUCUACAAGCCGGACGGAUUCAGCUGGAGACCAUCAUCAAGUCCCUCAAAGCUACACAGGACGAGAUCAACCAGGCUCGAAGCAAACUCUCCCAGAUCCAGGACAGCCAGCAUGAGAUCAGCAAGAGCAUCGAGCAGUACAGCAGCACCCUGAAUGGCACCCAUGGGGGCAGCAUGACCAACCUGGCCGACAUGAGCGAAGGGUUCCCUGAGAAGGAGAACGGAGGUUUCGGAGCCAUGGAAGACCCGUUUAAGGUGAAGCCCACUGUGUUCAACAGCGCCCCUCAGGAGAUGCACACAGACCCCUUCCAAUCUGAAGACCCCUUUAAAACAGACCCUUUCAAAGAAGAAAGACUCUCAAACAGGUUUGUGAAAAGUGGAGGCGAUCCAUUCCAGAAUGACCCUUUCUCAAAACCGGCCACCACAGUCCCAGAUCCUUUCGGUGGAGACCCUUUCAAAGAAACUGACCCAUUCAGGACGUCCUCUGAAGAUUUCUUCAAAAAACCCUCCAAACCGGACCCCUUCACCAAUGCUGAUCCUUUUAGCAAAAGUGCCACUCUGCCCUCAAAGAGCCAUCAUUUCGCAAGUAACGAUCCCUUCAUCUCAACCAGCCCCAAACCGAAAGGUCAAGAUUUCUUUGGCACAUUAGACCCAUUCGGUAGUAGUUCGUUCGGCAGCAACAGCGGCUUCGCAGACUUCAGCCAAAUGUCAAAGGGCUUUGUAGAAGACCCCUUCAGCCGAAAACAAGACAUGCCAGCACUCCCGCCCAAAAAAAGUAUACCACCACGGCCCAAACCACCCAGCGGUAAAAGCACUCCAGUAAACGUGCCCGGAUCUGGCGAUCCGGCUAAGACGAGCGAUCCCUUCCAGCCCUUCAGCGCCGACCCCGGUGACCCGUUUCAGUGUAAAAAGGGUGUGGGAGAUCCAUUUAGUGGCAAAGACCCGUUUGCUCCAUCUGCCCCAAGUAAAGCCUCUAAAGACUCUUCAUUGGGUUUUGCAGACUUCAGCUCUGAACCGAGCGAAUUAAGUUUGGCAAUGAAGCCCAGCAGAUGGAGUGGGCGAAGCGGGAAAGCGAGAGAGCGGAACGGGAGCGGCUGAAGCGCCUCCGCCAGCAGGAGCAGGAAGACCUGGAGCUGGCCAUCGCUCUCAGCAAAGCCGAAAUGUCCAACGCCUGACCAUCCUUCCCCCUCACUUCUGUACACUACAGCGACGAUUGGGAUGGACCAAGCUAAAAACACAUGCAAGACAGUCUCAACCUCUAUCCUUUUGUGUUCACGUGCAGGAGGCCGGCCUAUGGUUUGUGAAUCAGCUAAUUCACUUUACAUGCACUGCAUUAACCUCUCAGAUGGAGUAUAUAGUUUAUUUAAAGUGUAUUAGUGUGUGUGUGUGUGUGUGUGAAUGUGCAUCAACAGAGCCAUGGACAUUUGAAGACCGCUAUCGGUCUCAUUAUCUCCAUUUGUGGGAAACAAAGGGACUGAGAAACUGCUAAGAAAGCUGACCAGAAACUUGAAUUACCGACGUUACACUCCCUCCCUAGGAGCCCUUGAGCAAGGCACUUAAUUCCAGGUUUCUUCCUGAAUUUCGAUGGCAGUAAGCGUACUGUAAGUCGAUUUGGAUAAAGAGCAUCUGCUAAAUGAUCAUUUACUGGCUCUGACUGUAGUCAGUAUGGUACACACUGGAAUUACAGCGGCGCCUGCAGACUGUAAGGAGUGUCUGUAAGGAGCUCUUGAAGGUGACGGAAAGCCGAACGAAUGAAAGUGUGUUUUGGUAAACGUCGUCUCGGAGAGCUGUUUGCUGUAGAAGUGAACUAUUUUUGUUGUUGUUUUUUUUUUCACUGUACUGUUCAGAGGAGAAAGUUGUUCAAAACUUUGACAAAUGCACUGAUUUUGUUUUCUUCCCAGAGAUAAACCAUUGACAGCGAUGCAGCACUCAACGUUAAACAAUUGUUUGUUCACAAAAUUAAAAUAACGAAACUGAAACUGAAACUUUUCUAGCAUUCUAAUUCUGGGUUCACACAAAAGCAUCGGAUCUGCUCGCGCAAAUACUUAAUUUUUCUUAACAAUCUUUCUGUUUCCUCUGUUUGUCUAUUGAUCUGUCUUUCUAUCGUUAAUUAGUUCUUUCCUAUAUUGCUUAAUCGUCUUUUUUAUGUCUGUUUUAUUCUGUCUAUUGAUCUAUUUUGUUUUCUGUAUUUGUUUUAUUGUUCAUUUUAUCAUUUGUUCUAUUUCUAUAGUUUGUUUCAGUCAUUCUUUCUGUCAUUUGUUCAUUCUAUCAUUCGUUUGUUCCGUCUAUCACAACUAAUUCUGCCAUUCAUUCCGUCGAUCUACAGUGCAUCCGGAAAUAAUUUAUAGCGCUUCACUUUUUACACAUUUUUUAUGUUACAGCCUUAUUCCAAAAUAGAUCAAAUUCAUUUAUUUCCUCAAAAUUCUACACACAAUACUCCAUAAUGACAAUGUGAAAAAAUACUUUUUGAAAUUGUUGCAAAUUUAUUAAAAAUAAAAACCCUGAAAAAUCACAUGUACAGAAGUAUUCACAGCCUUUUUUAAUAUGAUGCCACAAGCUUGGCACACCUGUCUUUGGGAAUUUUUGCCCAUUCCUCUUUGCAGUACCUCUCAAGCUCUAUCAGGUUGGAUGGAAAGUGACAGUCUAAAGCCAUUGUCAGUUCUCUCUCGAGGUGUUCAAUAGGAUUAAGGUCUGGGCUCUGGCUGGGCCACUCAAGGACAUUCACGAGUUGUUCUAAAGCCACUCCAUUGAUAUUUUGGUGGUGCGCUUUAGGUCAUUGUCCUGCUGGAUGAUGAACUGUCGCCCCAGUCUGAGGUCAAGAGCACUCUGAAGCAGGUUUUCAUUCAGGAUGUCUCUGUACAUUGCUGCAUUCAUCUGUCCCUCUAUCCUGACUAGUCUUCCAAUUCCUGCUGCUGAAAAACAUCCCCACAGCAUGAUGCUGCCACCACCAUGCUUCACUGUAGGGAUGGUAUUAGCCUGGUGAUGAGCGGUGCAUGGUUUUCUCCAAACGUAAUGCCUGGCUUUCACUCCAAUGAGUUUAAUUUUAGUCUCAUCAGACCAGAGAAUUUAGUUUUUUAUGGUCUGAGAGUCCUUCAAUGCCUUCUGGCAAAUUCCAGAGUGGAGAGGCUUCCGUCUGGCCACUCUACCAUACAGGCCUGAUUGGUGGAUUACUGCACAGAUGGUUGUCCUUCUGUAAGGUUCUCCUCUCUCCACAGAAGAACGCUGGAGCUCAGACAAAGUGACCAUCUGGUUAUUGAUCACCUCCCUGAUUAAGGCCCUUCUCCCCCGAUCACUCAGCUUAGAUGGCUGGCCAGCUCUAGGAAAAGUCCUGGUGGUUCCAAACAUCUUUCACUUACAGAUGAUGGAGGCCACUGUGCUCAUUGGAACUUUCAGAGCAGCAGAAAUUUUUCUGUAACCUUCCCCAGGCUUUGUGCCUCGAGACAACCCUGUCUCGGAGGUCAACCGACAAUUCCUUUGUCUUCAUGCUUGGUUUGUGCUUUAACAUGCACUGUUAACCCUGGGACCUCAUAUAGACCAGUGUAUGCCUUUUCAAAUCAUGUCCAAUCAACUGAAUUUACCACAGGUGACUCCAAUUAAGCUGCUGAAACAUCUCAAGAAUUAUCAGUGAAAACAGAAUGCACCUGAGCUCAAUUUACAGCUUCGCAGCAAAGGCUGUGAAUUCUUCUGUACAUGUGAUUUUUCAGGUUUUUUUGUUUUUUUUUUUAAUUUGCAACAAUUUCAUAAAAUCUUUUUUCACAUUGUCAUUAUGGGGUAUUGUGUGUGGAAUUUUGAAAUAAGGCUGUGACAUAAAAACAUGAAGCACUAUGAAUACUUUCCGGAUGCACUGUAUCAUGUGUUCCUUUGUUUGUGCAUUUGGACAUUUUGUCUGUCGCUUAUUCAUUCUAUCAUUCAUUUGUUCUGUCCAUCACAGCCAAUUCCAAGUGGUACUCACUGCAAAGCCACUUGGGCAGAGCUGAGCUCUAGCAAGGGGGAGCUUGAGCUCCAGCUCCUCCUUCCUUGCACUUCUUCUACAAGUGAUGUCACUGGGG